GUCCUGGCUGCGUUACUGUCACGUGUCCCGACUGCCUUCCCUCCACCCCCCUUGUAUAUCGGUCGGAGCCCGUCCCCUGCCUAGCAGUGACCGUCUCAGCCAUGAUGCAGGAAGGCCUGGAUGACGGACCCGACUUCCUGUCCGAGGAAGACAGAGCGCCAAGAGCGAUUAAUGUAGAUCUACAGCCAGACGCCACUCUCCAAGUUGACAUAUCUGACGCAUUGAGCGAGAGGGACAAAGUGAAGUUCACGGUACAUACAAAGAGCUCUCUACCAAACUUCAAGCAGAAUGAGUUUUCUGUGGUGAGGCAGCAUGAAGAAUUCAUAUGGCUACAUGACUCGUUUGUGGAAAAUGAGGAAUACGCGGGGUAUAUUAUCCCACCAGCGCCUCCAAGACCGGAUUUUGAUGCAUCCAGAGAAAAACUUCAGAAGCUUGGCGAGGGGGAAGGAUCAAUGACGAAGGAGGAAUUUACAAAAAUGAAACAGGAACUUGAGGCAGAGUAUCUGGCAAUAUUUAAAAAAACUGUAGCAAUGCAUGAAGUCUUCCUUUGCCGCGUAGCAGCUCACCCCAUUCUUAGGAAAGAUUUAAAUUUUCACGUCUUUCUUGAGUACAAUCAGGAUUUAAGUGUCCGGGGAAAGAACAAGAAGGAAAAAUUAGAAGAUUUCUUUAAGAGCGUAGUUAAAUCAGCUGAUGGCGUUAUUGUCUCAGGAACGAAGGACGUGGACGAUUUCUUUGAUCACGAAAGGACAUUUCUAGUGGAAUAUCAUAACAGAGUGAAGGACGCAAGUGCUAAAUCUGACAAGAUGACAAGAUCUCACAAAUGUACUGCAGAUGAUUACAACAGGAUAGGUUCAUCGAUGUACGCAUUGGGAACACAGGACAAUACUGACAUAUGCAAAUUUUUCCUAAGAGUAUCUGAAUUAUUCGACAAGACUCGGAAAAUUGAGGCGCGAGUAUCCGCUGAUGAAGAUCUCAAGCUUUCAGACCUCCUUAAAUAUUACUUAAGAGAAUCACAAGCUGCUAAGGAUCUCCUGUAUAGAAGAUCUCGCUCAUUGGUGGACUAUGAAAACGCUAAUAAAGCCCUAGACAAGGCCAGAGCAAAAAACAAAGAUGUUUUAUCAGCCGAAACCACUCAACAGUUAUGCUGCCAGAAGUUUGAAAAGAUAUCAGAAUCUGCAAAACAAGAACUCAUGGAUUUCAAAACUCGAAGAGUGGCCGCAUUUAGAAAGAAUUUAGUAGAACUGGCUGAACUGGAACUGAAGCACGCCAAGGGUAACUUACAGCUCCUGCAAAGCUGCCUGGCCGUGUUAAAUGGGAAACCGUAACGCACACUCCGUCCUCGUUUGCUAAAACAGACCCUCCUUCCACAUCCAAGAGCUGCCACUUUUCCAAGGAUUGGUAGAUUGAGCACCCCCGCUCUUCAGUAGACUAACUCCAACAUGGAAAUAGGGCUGCUACAAUGGUAGAAGCAGUAACAUGCUUCGAGGCCCACACUCACUGUAUCCACGUGUACAUUUAUUCAGAAUGCUUUUUGGUCCUUCACAAAUACAACUUCCCGUUUUUUUUUUUUUGUGAAAAUAGAAAGUUAAAUGCUCUUCGUGUUAUGAACUGUAUCACAUAACGUUGCCAAUCUUAUUUACCAAUGUAUGUUAAUCUUGGAUGAUGUUCGACAUUCAUGGUUCGAAUGGAGUUAAUAUUGCCAUUUGUUGUUUGCGUCGUAUACUUGUCCGAUUUACCAUGUAAUUUUUAUUUAGUUGUGGGUUUUUUUUUGUUAAAGCUUCUGUUAUCUCGACUAUUUGAACUAUAUAAAUAUUUUUUUUUAAUCAAACAUUUCUUAGAUAUUUCAAAAAGUUUCAAUUAUCUUUUUAAAAUUUAAGUUCUUAACGCUAAUGCAU